UCGGUUACGUGGACAGCAUUAGCUUGAUUGUGCUCUUGUGUCAUCACACAGACUGCUUUGGUUGGUUUAGCCGCGGCUGCUUGGUUAGCUCGUCUAAAGCCAUAUUUACGACCGAGUGAUAAUUAUCCGUUUAAGCUCAGACUUAGAGGCAAAGUCGUUGGUCGUUCAUUUGUUUUUCGUGAAUAUACCGUAAACUGCUGCUUGUCCAACGGCUGAGGGGCUUCCGAAAGCGAAACCACACAACGGUGGCUGCCUUUCAACAACCUGUAGGCUAUGAGUGUGGGUGAUGGAGGACAAUCAAUGUGGGGACGUGGACUACCUGAUCCAAGAUGAGGACACCCUCAUCGAGGGAGUCAGCAACCAGGUCUUGUUCGUUGUAGUGCUCAGCAUCACCUUCCUUGCCGGCCUCCUCACUCUACUUUGCAGACAGGAGCAGCAUACCAUCCAUCCUGAGAAUCAGGAGCACGUGCGAGCUGUCCGACAACAGCUCCAAACAGAGCAGGAUGAAAAUCCUCAGCCUGAGGCCCGGCAGCAGUAUUACACAGACAUGUCUUGCCCGGUGUGUCUACAGCAGGCUGUUCUGCCCGUGGAAACCAACUGUGGACAUCUUUUCUGUGGCUCCUGUAUUAUAGCCUACUGGAGGUUUGGCACCUGGCUCGGUGCUAUUAACUGCCCCAUCUGCAGACAAAUGGUAACGUUGCUCUUCCCACUGUUCCAUGAGCACGCUACUCCUCAGCGGGUGCAGGAUGGUGAGGCUGAACCUCAGCUCAUACUGAGGGACAUCAACGAUUACAACCGCAGGUUCUCCGGCCAGCCGAGAUCUUACAUGGACAGGCUGCGCGACGUGCCCACCCUGCUUCGUCACGCCUUCAGGGAGAUGUUUUCCGUAGGCGGCCUCUUCUGGAUGUUCAGGAUUCGGAUUCUUCUCUGCCUGGUCGGCGCGAUCACCUACCUGGCCUCGCCGCUGGACAUCCUCCCCGAAGCACUCUUCGGUCUUUUGGGUUUCAUGGAUGAUUUCUUUGUCAUCCUGCUCCUCUUUGUGUACAUUUCCAUCAUGUACAGAGAGGUUGUUACGCAGAGACUGAAUGGCUAAGUGAUCACCCGAGGAGGCUUUGGGAACAUUGAACUCGGGAUUGGACGUGUAAAAACAGACUAAAUGUUCAGGUGGACUGUUGAUCAGUGAUGCUGGUUUUCUCAGAGGGCUUUACUCUGAAGCCUGGGGUGUUACUCCAUCACUAAGGAAAGAAAACAACAACAACAAAGCUCUGAAUGUCGAUAGAAUUCACCAUUAAUGGUUCAUAGGUUGAAUGAGUCAGCAACAGCCCAACGUAAGAGGAUGUGUGUGAGGAUGUGAAACACCCAUAACUGAAUGAACAGCCACUUCUUUGACAGCUCUGUUGCCAAAAUCAGUCACUUUGGAUAAUGUGCAUAUCAAUGUAAUAUAACCGUACUGUGUUGAAGGGAAAGCGUCUUGAUUAAAUUCAUUUAAUGAAGGCUGCCAACAAGAAUCAUCUUCCCGUGGCUAUAACUGCCCGUGUGGUCAAUAACACUGACUUCUGUAAGUCAUCUGUAGCUAUGCAUAUUCAUCACGACUUGAAACACACAGCUCGUCGUGCUCGUGUGAGAAUCCACCGAAUCGUUUAACCUGCGACAGUUUACAUGCGUCGAUCAAAUCUGAUGUAAUCUGAGCUAAUGUUGCACAGGACAACCUAAUUAUUACUAUGUAGUGGAUUGAUAUUCAAGAAAUGUAAAAAAAGAAAGAAGAAGCCAAACCAAAGGAAACGAGGAGUAAUUACAGAUCAUUGUGAAUGUAUCUCACUCAAGCUAUGAAUGUGAACACUUCAGAGUUUACCUCGUCGUUCUCAAAGUAAAUCAGAAGUGUGGACGUAACGCACCAGAUUCUUCAGACGUCAAAGCCCCUCUUUGUUAAUCUGUAAAUCAGCUUUGAAGAAAUGAAUCUAAAUUUAGUUUUGAUCAAAAAAUGAAAUUAACGUUGUGAACAAUAUGUAACCAGUUGGGGUUUUUUGUAAAUGUUUUUUGCACAUGUUGUAUUCCAAAUGAAAUGAUUUCUGGAGCAUGUAAAUUGAAUGAGUGUGAUCUCAAUGUUCAGCUGCUGGGAGCUCCGGCCGGUGCACAGUAAAUAUGCACUUCUCAUUCUCAA